GAUUCUCGUUAAAUCCUGGUCCAACAUGGCGAAAGGAAAGCGAAACUCACAGAAAAAGAGAAAAAAUUCCAAGCCAAAUGGAGAGGUUCACGAUGAAAGUAGUGCUGAAGGUAAUUUUAAUGUGUUAGUUUUUGUGGGCUGGUUGAUCGUUGUUUUUACAGUGUUUGUUUGUGGAAGAAUAACGUUUCAAACAUACAGAAUUCAGAAGUAACUUAUUUCAUGUGAAGAAAGCUGCAUGUACUAGAAAUUUAACACCUAUUUGUUGCGUUUACUCAAAACUGUUAUUUUUUAAACACUUUUACAUCUUAAAUGUAUUCUUUCUUGGUAAAUAAAAUACAAUGUUGUUUACUGUACUCAUCAACGUUGUACUCUCUUUUAACCGGAAGUGACAUAAGUUUUAAUCAAGCUUGGCAUUCUAUAACACGCGAUGCUUAGUUGGAUUAAUAUACGCAGGAUGAUUGUGUUGAUUAUUUCAAAAUGUCGUUGUAGAUUUAAAGAGGUGCCCACACAUUUCAAGAUCAGUCAAGCUUCAAAACUUGCAAAACAAAAUUCCUCACACCACCCUGGGUCAAUGUUUGGUAAGUGGUUUUUAUUCCGAAUUUUUGAUGUGACAUAGCACAAUCUUAUCAUUUUUGCUCAUUUGCUGACAAUUAAAAUAUUCUGUUCGAGAAGUUUUGAUGGCUAAAAAUUGGGCUCUUCGUCAGAUUUUGGCUUUGAAUCUAACAAGACAAUGUUCAAUCAUUUCCGUUGCAUGGAUUGUAUUGUUUAUGGUUUUAGGAUUGUGGUGAGCUUGAUUCAUCAGAAGGACUGGGUGUCUGCAUUUGCCUCUGUUGUGCUCAUCAGGUAUACAACUACUGUUUUGUGAUCAGUUUAAAAUAUAAGUAGUGAAAAAUUAUAACAAUGAUAGUAAUAACAUUAUUAGAAUGUAACUUAUAUUAAUGUAACUUGUAACGUAAGAUAUGUAGUAAUUAAUAAAGACCAUUAUUCUUCUUCUUAUUAUUAAUAAUAAGACCUGUAAUUCUUUCUAAUUAUGCACUAAUCAUAUGGCUUUACUAAGGUCUUUUGAACACCCACUCUGUUCACUAGUCAGUCAUAAGUUUGUUUCAAAGGGCAAACGUGUUAAUCCAUUACCGUCUUGUAGGAGUCUAUUGGUUCAGUUAUGGCUACCCAAUGCAUAGCUUAUGAAUCUGACACAGUAAAAUUGUUGCCCAAACCUCUCAAUCUGUGGUUAGUUCAUUAAAAUAAUUAAUUUAUCAACACUUAACAGGGGCACCCAACGGAAAUUUUCGGAAAAUAUGUGUUCGGAAGACGAUUUGAGAUCUAGAAUUUUCGGAACAUUUGUUGUAAAACUUCUUGCCUGCCUGCCUCUCCUAGGAUUUUCAAACAUCUACAAAAUGGUAUAAUUACCCAUUAUUAACGGAUAUUUACCCUAAAAAAGGCCACCUAGAAUUUUCGGGAUCCUUUUCCUGACUGAAAUUUUCGAAAAGGUAAGUUUUGAUCCCUAUAAUUUUCGGAUCAGUAGACUUUCAGCUAGGAUAUCUGAACAGAUGAAAAGUUUUUAGGGGAUAAAAAUAUGCCUAUAUCUACCGUUUAAAUACUAAGAUACGUUCAACAAUGCUAUGUUAAGUGGGUUUGAGCUAUAUCCUCGUUGGCUGCCCCUGACUUAAAAAGCCUCUUGCUUAUAGUUGAUAAUUGCCUGUAAGCUUGUUAUCGAAUUGUUGUUUUCUCUAUCCAGGGAUGUGAUAGGAACAGUGAAGAGAAGCAUGCUUUAUCUCAUAACAACUAUAAUUCUUCUCACAACAUUGUUGUACAUCUUCAAAACUGGGUUGUCUGGUAAGUGUCUACAAUAAACAAUGCUCACUACACUGCUAUCCUGCUAUAGACAAUUCGACAGGGAAAAAAUGCAAAUGAUAAUUGUUGCGACGAUUAUCAAUUUUUUUUAGCAAUUUAUUUAACUUACAAUUGAACCUCUACAAGCUGCCACCUUGGCUUCUCUUUAUCGAUUGUACCGUAAAAUCUGACAAGUUCUCUAAAGGUUGACAUGCUAUAAUCGUUUAUUUUAAUAAUUAUAUGGCGGUUGACUUUCAAUUUCUUUAUUCACCUUGGAGUACAAUGUAGAUUUCAUGAUUUUUAUUUUUUGUUUCUUAAACUAUUAACUUUUUAAAGUUUAAAAAUUUUUAAAUUUCAAUAUUUAGGGAUUUUUAUAUCUGCAGUACAUUAAAUUUUAGUGUAAGGUCACACUGAAAACCACAUACACGUGUGAUGUGAGCUCGCUAUUUAAAUAUCUUUAUCAUCAUCUUCCCUCUACAACCACAACAGCCAUCAAGUUGUGUCCCAUAUGUUACAUAAAAGCGAAAAAUUUAAUUUCUUGCUUCUUUUCGGUGGCCUUAAGGUCAUCAUCAUCAUCAUCAUCAUCAUCAUCAUCAUCGUUAUCAUUAUUACAUUACUUGUUUGUUUUUAGGUGUUACGCUUGUGAUGAUGAGGUACCCGUUGAACCUGAGACACUUGUCCACAACUGUAUCAAGUUGAUAUUGAAGGCAAUGAACUUGAGCCCUCCCCCAGGUCUGUAUAUUACAGAUAAGAUAGAUUCGAUUUUAAACAUAACAUUAAAUCUCUAUAAAAAUACAUACCUUGGUAAUAGUCAUCUCUAUGUCAUCAGGCAGGGAAUUGAACAGCUAGGAGGUUCUUUUAUGUAUUUCCUGUUUCAAUAUGUCCCAUGAAAGUAGCAGGGGGUCAUACUCAUAGAUCCCUUCCCCCCUCCCCUGGACCCUUAGCGACAGCCCUUUGUCAUACUGUACUCUAACUUGCUGGCCCUGGUUCCUGGAAAACUGAUUAAACCAGGGUUUUCACUAAGAUUUCAAGUUGCCGGGUAAAUACAACAAGUAGGCGGUGAAUCAAACAGCUAGGGAUUUCUUUUGGUUCUAUUUUUCUUCUAUUUUCCAAUAAAAGUAGCCGGGGACCACUCUCUUAGUAGUCGGGGAAAAUCCCCGGCCCCCGGCUCUUAAUGACAACCCUGUUAAACUAUCUUCUGAUUAGCGGUUAAUCCAAGAUUAAAUUUCUUAUUCCCUGGAUAACUAAUUGUGGGUUAAAAAGGGGUUCCUGAAAGUGAAAUUAUCUCACAAUUAACUAGAACUGUUAUCCAAGACCAGUUCAAAAAUAGACUGUAUUUUGCAAAAAAACUGCCGCGAACAAAAACACUCAGUCCUAAGAAAACUUUUAAUGUUGGUGACAGCGCAUGGUUUCUCCUAAUGUCUGUCUUUGGAGAUCUUCCUUGAGGAUUUGUAUCACAUAUUUUAAUUAACUCUAAGCUUAACCCAAAUCUGCUGUGUUGUUCUUCAUCACUGAAUUGCUCGAGAUCAAUUUGUCGCUGAUAAAAUGUUUUUUUGCAUAUUAUUUUGUGGACCAAAUUAAAGCAAACGGUUAUUAAUAACAAGUUUGCCAUUUUGUUUGUUUUUCACCGAUUGGUGAGUUAAUAUUAUUGACCUUGCUCAGUAGGUUAAAUUUAACAUGCAGUUUAUUCCUAGAUUAGGUUUCAUCAUGCUGUCAGGAACAGAAUCUAAUCAUGGGAUAAAAUUUAUUAUGUGAUCAGCAAUAUUUAAUCCUAGAUUACCACUAAUUUGCUGUCCAGGAACUGGGGCCAGCACUGUAGAUACUUACCCUGUGAUCCCUUGCAUGGCUUAUGAUUUCAUCAGUUUUAAUGAUCACAGAGUUCUUUGACAUCUACCUUUUGCAGGAGGAAGAGAUCUUUCAACCAUAGCUAAACGAACAUUAUUUGGGUAAACAUGCUGGAGAACUGCAUUUGAAAUGCAAAAAAAAAAAAGAAAAACAUGUAAAGUUGACCCAAAAAUUCCAAUAAAAAUCUUGCUCCACUACCCACUGGCACUUCCUUCCAUCUUACAAUCCUAAACAUUUCGCAAAAAGAACUUGUUCCACUAACAUAAAGCCUAGCAGAUACCUACCAAAGAGAAAAAGGGCAAAAAAGGUUAAAGACGCAGGCUGGAGAUAAAAUGAAAUCUUGCCUACUACACAUGCCUUAAGUUCAGAAUCUAGUGCAGCAAGUGCUUGACUAGCCUGAAAUGUCACAUCUCUUCAUCCCCCCACCCCUCCUCCCCAGUCUGAGGCCAGGGGAGAGAGACUCUCACAAGGCCUCCCGUUAGGAUGGGAGAGGGGUGCAGUGGGGCGAAUAGAUAGAUAACAUUUCAGACUGGUGCUUGACUUUAGACUGCUAUAUAGCAUUUUAGGCAGUCUUGUCUCUUUUGGUGGAAAUAAUUUCAAAAGACAUUUUUCACCACAAUUUGUAGGAGCAAAUGUUUUAAGGUUGAAAAUAAUUUUUGCUGUGAUUUUUGGCCACUCUACCAUUGUGUCAAUCACUUUUAAUUUUGUUUGCUGUUGUGCUUGUUAUGUUACAGAGUUACAAGUGUGUUUUUCAAGUGCAGACAAGCCUUCCAAUGAUAAACCUAAGAAAAGUGCCACAAAGAACAGCAGCCAGCUAAGGAGCCAAAUCAAGGUAUCUAACAAUCAAUCCUGCAGGAUUGUACUGCUCCAGUAAUAUCAGUCUGUACCCCUCCCACAGGUUUCUUUUGGCUUGAAUCCGCACCCCUCACCACCACCCCUCUGGAAAUUCCAGUUAAGUUUCAGACUUACCUUUAAGCUUUUGACUCCUCUUCCCCUUUAGUCUGUUCCAGUCUCUCAGAUAGUGGGGAAGACGGGAAAGUGAAAGGCACGCAAAAAUUUGGAGGGGCAGGAAAAAAAGGAAAAAGGAAGGAAGAGAUGGGCUCCACCGCCCCCUCCUUUCCCCAGUUUCCUCCCAUCUCAUUUUUGUGUUCGCACUCUCUCAAUUCAGUGGACCUCACAAUCUCAGAGCCUGGAACAGGCUACCUCCCCUUUGGAAUAACCAUUACCUUCCAUGAACCACACAUUUGCAAAAAGCGCCUUUCAAGGGGAACAAAAAAACAAAUUGAUAAAAAAACAAAUUAUAAAUCAUUUUUUUAAUGUCUUUGGCAAGUCUGUUUUUGGCAGCCCUCGACCCUAGCAACUACCCCCUAUUUUACUGUACCUGCCCACUGGAGCCAUUACCCCUUGAAGUUCAAAUAAUCAUGAUGCAUACAAUAAGUUGACCGAGGAAUGUUUGCCUGGGAAAGCCAAGGUAGCAGUUAUUGAAGGUUACCUUGUUUUAAAGCACUUCUUUAAAAUGGAUGUCCGUCUUACAGCGAGUCAAAUGGAAGGAGUAACGAAAAGCUGGGAGCAACUCUAGAUGUCCACUUUAGCGAGACGUCUGUCUUAUAGAUGUGUCCAUUAAGAGAGAGGAAUGUCAGACAAUUUUCUCCCGACAACUCGCCCCCAGUGUACAGACAAUUAGCCCCCACUUUCUAGUCGAUUAGCCGUCAAUGGACUUUAGGAUCUGCAUACAGAAAAGAGAAACUGUACUCUGUGGGCUAAAGAAGAUGUUAAGAGUAUUACGAAAUAUAUAUUAAUUCAUUUCAUUUGAUCACUUCGGACAAGGACAUUGGGCGUUCUCGAAGACCGCCGUGAAGUUAAUCGAUAACACAAUCCGUGGAUUGAAACAUCAAGAGCAGAGAAGGCGGGAGUAUAACAAUUGGUAUAGGUAGUGUUUCAUCCCUUUAUAUAUCACAAUCUGGUUGGGGACUAAUCGUCUAGAAAGUGGGGGCUAAUUGUCCAUAAUGUGGGGGCUAGUUGUUGAGAGAGUUAAUCGCGCACUUUAGUAUCUGUGUAUAAUUUCAUAUUCUCAUUGCAUGACAACAUAUGCGUUUUUUGUAGGGUCUGACAAAUCUCGGAAACACUUGCUUCUUUAAUGCAGUCAUGCAGGUCAGUGGCUUCUUUACGUUGGCUACAAACCGUAGCCUACUUUGUCUUGAUAUUCACUUUAAUGCUUGCUGGUGUUGCCUUACCGCCCUCAGUUGUUUGCUCUAAUGCCCACUUUUCGCCCACUCACUGAAGCUUAUCAGCUAAUAGACUCUCCGCGGCCCCUCUAGUUUCACAAUACAAUCUGGACAGAACGCCACAAGUGCAAGCCUAAAGCACAAGCUCUACAUGCGCCCAUUUCAGCCCAAUUAAGGCGCUCAUCAUUGCACACUUACGAUGUAAACAUGAAAGCGAGGCCUAAGAGCCACCAGUUUUCCCGUAAAUAGGGCGGCGAAAACAACAACAAUUUGUGAUUUAGAGAUUUUAAAAGGUUUAACCCCAAAAGAUAAUCCUGGAGCAGUUAUAGUAAAUGAAUUUUGCGUUGGAAAGUGGACAGUGGAGAAUCUAGCCUUAGGCAAGGAUCCCUCGGAAAUACAUGAAACGUCAAGUCUUUCCUAUUAUCGGAACGAUUAUCACAUUAGCGCAGCAGAGUAGCAUUUGUCAGAGCUAUGUUUUUGUCAUGGUUGUAGGGCGGAGGAGGGCGUAAGGGUUUGCGGUAUUGCGGUAUUGGGUUAUUUUUGGUGCGGUGUUGCGGUAAUUUUUAUUUCAAAGUACGGUAUUGCGGUUUUCAGAGUCCAAGCGGUGUGCGGUAAGUUUAAAUUUUAUGUCGCGGUAGUCGGUGAAAAAAUCGUUGUGUCGCGGUGAUCUGCUUCUUUUUCAUGACAAGAGGAUACAAAUCCUAAAAGGUCUCCCUGGCUAGCCUGCAUGACCCACGUGUCUUCCUAUAGUUGCACAGUGGGGGAUCGUAUUGCCCAAACAGUGCAGACAAAUCUUAUGGCUUGUAAUUUCAGUUAAUACUUGAUAUGUUUAACAACAUUAACUGUUUUAUUCAAUGAUACGUAAAAAUGUCGCAUUUUUGAUGACUUCACGGACCUUGUGGGAAUAGUCAGCUUGGUUAACCUCCUUACCAAUCUUACAACCACUUUCGUGCCAGUCGCAAAACAAUCGCGAGCGAUCCAGAGGGUCAACUAAGUGAUCAGUCAGAUAUUCCAGCAAAUAGUGAGGUCAGUGAGGUCGUUAUAAAUUGCGUAGUGUCGACAGAUAAUCUAUGAAGAUGGCGUGGUCUAAAAAUUAUUACUCGUCCUUCUCGUUGUGCAUGUAGGAAUAUAGAAUGUUCUAGUAUUCGUGUGUGCUUACCCUACGUAGCAUAGCGGCCCGGGGGUGGGGGGGUACUUCCUGAUAAGAGGCUAAUGAGGAUGUGCCGCAUUUUCACAACUGGAUUGACUAUGAUGGGGUCGCAUUUUCAGAAGGUUACUAGAAUGGGGUCGCACAUUUUCAGUUUUUUGGGGGUAAGACAUUUCUUGAUCUUUACGGUCAGCAAAGGUACCAGAAUGUUUGUAUUGUAGAUGAAAAGUAAAGUGUUCUUCACUCAGUCUAAAACAUGGUCAAUUCAUAAAAACAGAAAGUGACGAAGUUGGGAUCGCGAAAAUUAAAUAUUUGUUCAAAAGUGACUAAGAUGAGGUUGGCCACAGAAUAGACUAUAAUGGGGUAGGGGCUCUGAGAGGCCAGCGACACACACCAAGCAAAAAUUAAUCCAGUACCACCCCCCCCCGGGCAUGGCAGUUUUACAUGGUUUUGUCGGCAGCACGACUGUGAGCGGCGAAGCAGCUCCUGCCCCAAUCUCCUCGCCCGCGCCCGCCUUUAUUACUUAGCGCGCCCAACCAAAACCACUAUGCUACGCAGGCUAGUGUGUGCUGUGUGCCCUUCGAAUCCAAAAGGCAGCCCGGAUCGACGUUUUGAAACCCUCAAAACAGAACCGAGUUAAUUGUGAAUCUGAAACAACCUCAUUAGAGUCAACUGUUUUCCGUCCGUUUAUGAUCCAGGUCCAGUAAUAUAUAAAGUAAUACUAGAAAACUCCUGUUGUGUCAUUUACGUAAACGUAUACUUGUAAUGAACAAAGUUAAACGAGUACGACGAUCUUAUGUUUAUCGUACGUUUGACAUCGACGCACCUUGAUUUGGAAACACUGACAUAAAAGUAUUACUUCUAUUUAAAAGGAGGAUUUGUAGUAUUGACAACGUCAACUUUUUCCCAUUUGUAACUGCGGUUUCGGUAUUUGGCUAAAUUUUGAUGCGGUAUUGCGGUAUUCUCGUGCUACCAUGUGCGGUAUUGCGGUAUUCGUACCCCCCUUACGCCCCCCUCAGGGCGCGCCUCUGCCAUUUUGUACAAUUUAGUUGCGAUGUAGCCCUUAGGCCUUGCUUUCAUGUUUACGUCGAAAGUGUGUAUAGAUGAUAAAUACGAGACAAUAGCCUUUUCCUCAUUGUUUUUGUUGUUGUUCUUAAAGAAUCUGUGUCAGACUGAACUCCUCUAUGUCGCGGCAUCCUGUUCUGGGCAAGAAGGCUUUUCUCAACACGUGACAUCCAAAAACAAAGAACUGGUAAGUCAACGAUCUUUUUGUAAUACCUGAAGUGCACGUGAAUUGCACGUGGAGUGCACGUGACGGCAUCACUCAGAUCAGACACGUCCAAUUCCUUUCUUGUUCCGCUUUUCACUCUUACCCUUUGCAUACACGCUUACAAUUUCUCUCUUUCUGUUAUUAACCUGUCAUUGUCUUCUGUAAUGAAAAUUGAGAUUCAACAUUAAAAUCUAACUGGAAUGAGAGUUCUAGAAUGCUUGCUUCCUUUUUCUCAUAGCCCCUUCUUACCGUGACUGUUCAAGAGGGACCUGGAUCAGUUACAAAAGCUCUGUGCAAGUUGUUAAAAGAAUUCAGAAGUUCAAACAGUAGCACCUUGAAUCCGCGCCAGCUGUUUGGCGAGAUUUGCAAAACGUAAGUCAUUUGUAGCCUAGGUGCUUACAUGUCUUUACUUUUAAUCUCUCAGCAUCAGAGUCUGUGAUGCUAUGAUGUCGUUACCGUACCAGGGGCACCCAACGACAAUUUUCGGAAAAUAUCUGUUCGGAAGACGAUUUGAGAUCUAGAAUUUUCGGAACAUUUGUUGUAAAAUUUCUUGCUUGCCUGCCUCUCCGAGGAUUUUCGAACAUCUAAAAAAUGGUAUGAUUGCCCACUUUUAACGGAUUUUUACCCUAAAAAGGUCAGCUAGAAUUUUUGGGAGCCUUUUUUCUGGCUGAAAUUUUCGAAAAGGUAAGUUUUGAUCCCUAUGAUUUUCGGAUCACUAGACUUUCAGUUAGGAAAUCCCAACAGAUGAAAAUUUUUUAGGGGAUAAAUAUGCCUAUAUCUACCGUUUAAAUACUAAAAUACGUUAAACAAUGCUAUGUUUAAGUGGUUUUGAACUAUACUCUCGUUGGGUGCCCCGACUUUUGAUCUCUCAGCAUCAGAGUCUGUGAUGCUAAGAUGAUGUCGUUACCGUAAGCCAACUUGGAGACUUGCAAGUGCGUUUAAAAAGUGGUCUUUAAAGAAAAGUAAGACGUAAGGGAAUUUCCAGUCGAGUGUGGGGGGAUAGAACCGACAAAAAAAAUAUUUGGUGAUUUGGUGGGUAGAAUUAGGAAGUGCUAUGCGAACUCAUAUAAUUUCGUAGUCGCGUGGGUCAUUUUAAACCAGAAGAACUAAAACAAGUGUUAUUCAAGGAAGCUUUGAUGUGUGAUCUUAUUUUGUUGUGUAGAGCCACGAGAUUCAAGGGAUUUAGACAACAAGACAGCCAAGAGCUGCUGCGUUAUUUGCUGGACUCAAUACGGAACGAGGAGAUUAAAGUACUUGAUUAAUUAUUUAAGGUUUUUUUCAAUGUUUUAAUUUGUUUUCUUACAACGCUAUGAGUGCGUUAUGAAGGGUUGCCGUCCAGGAAAACGACGCCUUGCGAAAGUCAGUAAACGAAGGAUAAAUUAUCAGAGUUUGCGAAUGAGAGGGGGGUUGGGGUAGCCGUACAAUCUGCGAACCUACGAUCCAUGCAAUUCGUACAAGCCAUGGGAAGGAGAUAAAGUUGUAUGAAGUUUCAAAUACGUGAAAAAUGUUCCUGCUUGGUGCCUCAGGUAUGUGAGGUUUGGCUUCUGGAAUGUUUGCAGAAUCACUCGGUCUUGGCCAACUUUCAUUGAUUAGCGUUAAGCGCUCAUUUUACUGGCUAGGGUUGUGAACUCAUUUUACGGAUUGGGGUUAAGCCCUGUUUAGGGUUAAACAGUUAUUUACAAUGGUUAGCUUUCAGUGAAUGUUUUCCGUAUUACCGCUUUUUCAAUUUUUGUUUUUUGUAUUUUUUCGCAUGGCUCGCAUUGUGUGCUAACUGCAAUGAGAGAGGGCUACAAUAAACACGAAUCUUUCUAAGAAAAAAAAGUCUCCAAAUGGACAGACCAAGAGCUCGCUUCAGCAUUAGCAUAGUAGUCCCACUAAAAAGAUAAUAUGAAGUUUGGUGCCCUCAGGGCCAAGACAGUUUCUGAUCGCGAUCGUUUUUUUUUUUCCUAGCGAAUAAAGGCUGCCAUAUUAAAGUCUUCUGAUGUUACUAGUGCAGACGACGCAAAGAGUCUGGACGAUAACGAAAAAUUUCGCGUUAAAGGUGAGUGCUCUUCUGUCUUCAAAACCACUGUUCAUGAAAAUUUACAUAUAGCCAGUAUGAACGCUUGAAUAUCUAGCUGAUACAAAGCGUGCAGCACACAAGUUAGCAACUCGCUCGUGCAAAGUUGAAAAUUCAACUGUUGCAAAACUGACAUGCUAAGUCUGUACACUGCAAAGCACAGAAAAUAUGCAACUGUUUCAAAGUCUGGGUCCAGUUGCUCGAAGGCCGUUUAGCACCAACCCGAAGUUAAAUUUCAAUUAGGGCUUCUUGGAUAAUUUUCUCCAUUCUUUUUAGAGCAUCUUAACAUCAAAUUGUAGACAAAAUGCUUUUUAAGCUCUCAUUUCUCUGUUCAAAUUUCGCACUAACCCUGGGUUAUCUUGCCCCAGCUUUAAACAACCCGGCGCGGGAAUAUUGACCUGCAGCUGUUGCAAACUAUUGCAAAACUUGAAAAAUCGACACAAUACGGCAACGAACUGCAAAGCGUAUAAAACAUGUAACUGCAUGUUGUAAAGCGUGCAAAAGGACAUGCAAUGGCUGUAUGGAAUAGUACAACUGUAGCUAAACUAGCUGUAGUAUGCUACUGUGGUUGAUCGGUUUUCUGAAUGGGGAAGAAAAAGGCGCGUAUCAAAGAGCUUCCUAGACAAAACCAAGCAAUUACGAAUUACAGCUGAUACUCAACUGGCACCUUCAUUCAAACGUUUUCAUUAAAUAGAUCAUUUGCACGAUGACGUCAUUUCACUACUACGACCAGACGCCUUCAGGGUUUUGCUUUCUUGUGCAAAUAAGGGCUUUUGUUUCUAUUGUUUAAUUGCAGAGUAUGGUGCUAGUGCCCAAGCUCCGCUGAUAGACAGCGUGUUCGCUGGGAGGCUUGUCAGCAUCGUGAUAUGUCGUCAGUGCCACAUGGUUAGUUAUCAGGUUUCUUGGUUACUCCCUGUUCCAAAUGAACGUUUUAAAAAUCUUGUCGACAGCGCUGCUAAGUUACUCAAAAGAGCUUCGUAUUUUUCCUUGUGACUCUUGUAUUCUAACGGUGUAUAAGAGAACGACUUUAAAACUCUAAUUUCCUGACCAAGACCCAUAAUGUUCCAUUAUGGCUAAAAUGUCGAGAAACGUUUUUUUUCAUUUGAAUUUAGACGAAUUAAAUAAUGAGUACUAGACUCGUCUGACGACGUUUUCCCCUCUAAUUCAUUAUUUCCGCUUAGGUCGAGGCGUUCCAUUUAUGUCUCACUUGAACCUUCCUGAAAUUUUGGCAUAAUGGAAAAUACUCCAAGUAUUUGCAUUAGUACACGUAUUGUCCCCUCUCGUCCUUCCAGUUUUUGUUUACCGUUUUGCUUAGGUUACCUUGGGCGACAGAGACUUUUCAUGCGCGGUUUCCGGUUUCGGUCAAGUGUCUUCGGCCUCUAGCUGAAGAUCUGUCGUCCUGCGACCGACACCGAAGCACCCGCCACACGCGAGGAAAAUACCUGUAGUAUGCUUAGUAUUGACUGCAAGGGUAAAAGAAAAAAACCUCAAGCUUUUCAUCAACUAUGACCGGGAACGUCUUAUUUCAGUUUAUCCGACAAUUACUGUAGAAACCUAGCCAUAUACACUAUUGUGUAUGUUGUGGUUCAAUUUUAUCCUUGGUUUAAAGUUUAUUUUCUUUUGUUUCAAACUCAUUAUCAUAUAUUACCAUACCCAAAAACAAAGGAAAAUAAAAUUUAAACCAAGGACAAAAUUGAACCACAACAUGUAUAUGGCUGUGACUAACGAAACCGAUGCUGCCAUCUUACAAAAAGAUCUCUAACUUCUCGAAGAAUGGGAAAAUAGAUCACAGAUGUCUUUCCACCCGGACAAGUGUAAUGUGCUACGAGUCACACGGAGCAGGAACCCCUUCGCCAAUGAUUACAUCCUACACAACCAGAUCCUUAAGGAAAAAGAUGCAGUUAAAUCUCUUGGCGUCACUGUACACCAUAAGCUGUCUGGGAACGAACAUAUAUGCUCUAUAGUUAAGAAAGCUAAUUCAUCCAUAGGUUUUCUUAGACGAAACCUACAAAUUCACCAGAAACACAUCAAAGCUAAUACAUACAAGACUCUUGCUGGACCACAAAUCGAACUUAUGCGUCUACUAUAUGGGAUCCUUUCACCCAAGAGAACCAAAAUGAAAUUGAGAUGGUACAGAGAAGAGCUGCCCGCUUUGCUUGCAACAACUGCAGACGCGAAGCAAGUGUCACUACCAUGCGUGAUGAGCUUGGCUGGCGCAGUCUCAAGCAGCGAAGAGCAGACCAAAGAUUAAUUAUGUUAUACAAAAUUGUAAAUAACCUAGUUGAAGUUGAUCUUUCUAAAGAACUUAUACCACUUACGAGACACUUAGAAAUAGUCACGCCAAAUCCUUUAAAAUUCCCUACGAAAAGAAAACCUAUCUUCAAUACAGCUUUUUUACCUAGAAUUAUAAAGCAGUGGAACAUUUUGCCCGCCACACUAGCCACAGUCCCAAGUCUUAAUGUUUUUAAGAGUGGGGUCUGUGAGCUGAAACAUUAAGAACCUGACCGAAUCCGAGCAUAUAAGCCUUGUAGAGGGGGAAUGCUUGUAAUGUCGUAAAUGUAAAUGUAAAAAAGGCUUUACACUUUGCACUUCAAAAAACUGUCGACGGAUAUAUACCAUUUUGUUCUUAUUUUCGUGCAGAUAUAAUGAACAGUAAGCGAUAAGAGAGGGGAAAACUUGGUCACGUGGUAAAAAUCGUCGUUUUUCAGUUGCCUUUAACGUGAUUCUAAAUCUCUCUAAUAUCCGCUGAAAAUCAAAUUUUGUGACUUUAUCUUUAAGACUGGAAUGCAAUCACUUUCGGCUGUCGAAGUUUAAAGAAGCGAUUUCUUAAUUGUAAUGUAAACGAAUUUAUUAGUUGAAUGAAUAUUGGACCCUAAGGACGAGGUGAGAAUUCACAUAGCUUAUCUUCUGCAUUUCCUUCUAAGUCAGUUAUUACGUUGUUCCUUUUGUUUAGGAAUUCAAGGUCGAGGAGACAUUCCUAGAUUUAUCCUUACCACUGACAGCGCCCGAGCAGGUAAAAUCUAGGAUAAUUAAAGCAAGCCCGAAACGGGUCCAUUACAUAAUUCCCACAAUUUGGUUGGGACCUAUCUUUUGCGUGUCUGGACUUCGGAAGACUUAAAAUUAACCUUUCGGUUCGUAACACAUUCUUCACGACCGUUUUUUCGCAUUUUCUCAACUUAACUCCCCCAACGCUUAUUUCAAAUUUGGACUGGUGGUCCUCGCGUUUGUUUGAUUCUGCAGUUUAUUCGGGCCCGCCUUUUUUAGGAUAGAGUUUUGUUCCCUUUUUUUGACAGCCGUGUAUACCAGAAAUAAAUGUCCAAGGGGCUUGUUUACAAACCGUUCAACUUUCUCGUUAAACGGGCAGUGCUUAUUCGCUACCUGGCGUAAACAUUUCUGAUAGAGUUGUCCCCACAACAGGAUAUGCCACAUUAGGGAAAUUGUCCCUGUUUGCUCGUCCUCGUUUCACUGUGACGGUCCUUGCGCCAUGUCUCCUAAUGUGUGCCGGCCUGAAGGGAAAACUUUGUCUAUCUUGCAGGAAUUCUGGGGUAACAAGUUUUUUGGAAAGGGAGGAAGAGAGAGCGCAAAGUCGGCUAAGAAUGCUGAACGGAAUAAUGAAUCCACAGUCAUCAAAGAUAACGAAGUAGGAACAGACCCGAAAGGAAAGAGCCCCAGUAAGCAUCAACUGAAAUCAGCGAAAAGAGCUGGGAGGGUAAGUGGUACAGUCAGACCUCGAAUAUGGACACGCGAGGGAGAGACAUGAGUGCUGCCAUAUAACAGAGGUUUCUGUAUUGCAUUCGAACUUCUCCCUAAAGUAGCUAUGUCACGCUUCUUGGUAUCCUUUAAAAAAAGCAGGAAAAGGUGCCAGUUCCACAAGAUUCAUUACAAAGUCCAGGUCAUGUCAUGAGAAAAAUACUCGAAAACUUGCCUUUUUCCCUUCCUCUAUCAAUAAAUAACAUGUCCACACGGUCACUUUUACGGUCCCCUUUGAAGGACCCGCGUUGAUUACCUGUGUUUAUCGCUUCAGUAUCCUGUCCGCGUUGAUUACCCGCGUUGAUUACCCGCGUUGAUUACCUGUGUUUAUCGCUUCAGUAUCCUGUCCGCGAUGUUACUAGUUCUCCUCUUUCCUAUUGCAAGACACACACACACACAAAAAAAGGUAAAGCGGUCGCUUUAACUCGGGCUUUAACUGUAUUUUCACGGUUCCUUUUAAGGGGCCCGUUCAUGUAGAAGUGUUAUCCAGUUUCUGUUGUAUUUUCGUCGUUAACCCUUUAGUCCCUAAGAACAAAAUUUGAAUUCUCAUUUGUUGCCCCUAUUCAUUUCCUACAGAAGUAGUGGGGAGAAGUUGAUGAAAUAUCCAGCAAAUUCGUCUUGUGUGUUGAUGUCCCUAAUUCUCAUGACUGCACUGUUUUACAAAGCAUUGAUAUUACGAGGAGAAAUUUGAUGCUGACCACUCUUAGGGCUUAAAGGGUUAAAAUAGGAUAAUUCAAGCACGUGUAGAAGUCCCUCCGCCAAAGCCGCCAUUUUUUAAUUUGUUGUCUCUGCCUCGCUUUAACGCACUGGAUCAUCAAAGCGAGUCUUUUGGAAGUCAACCAGUUUACUGGAAACUGUUUCUGCAUGGUCCGCAUAAUUUCUAAAAAUAACUUUUUUGAAGUUAAAACAUCCCAAAGUCAUUACUGGAAGACUCCGCCGCUGUCCUAUUGUGAUAUUCGUUCCUUCAUUACUUUAAACGGGACCAGUCUGGCUUGAGUCCCCUACCAGUACAUUUGCUUAUCCCUGAAAAACUUUGAGGGUAGUGGAUAAUAACAUAUUUAAAAAUUGCAAUAUUGGUUUAAAAUUUGUCUGUAAAAGGUCUUAUCGUAACUUUAUCUUUUUUUCCGUAAUUGCCCUAUCCAUUGACUUUUCUUUUUGCCUUUUUGUAGAAGAAAGGGAAAAAGGGUAAAGGCCAUGGAAAAGCAGGAAAAGGUAAACAAACUGAAGACACAACCAACAACAAGCAAGAAGGCAACGACGAUGAAGAGACGGAAAAGGGAGAGUCGGGACUCGAAGGCCAUGAGCUCGACCAAAUGAACGUGUCUGAUUUAGACGGUAGUGAUAAUGAGCAAGAGCAGGUAUCGAACACUGAUAAAAACACAGAAGAACUAUUGAAUACAAGAGGAGAUUCUAACGAGAUGCCCGGCAGUAAUGAACAUGAGGAGACUGGCGAGCAGAUAAUGCAAUCUGAUGACGAGGAACCAAACAGGCUUGAAUCUCCAGGAGGUAACCAUGGUAAUAUUUGAGUUGAAGUGCCAGGAAUGAACGUUUGAGAAUAAUAAAGGGUUUGCGGUCAAGUCGGCCGAGAGUAAUCUCGCCCGAAGUUUUUAGUCAAGUCGCCCGAAAUUUUAUCAUGCUUACAAUUAUCCCGCUUGUUUUGUCUUAUUAUCGCUUACAGAACGAGAAAUAUUACAUACACUCUUAUUAAAAUUUCGGGCGACAUGACUCUGAUGUCGGGCGAUAUAACUUCGUACGACACGACUUUCGGGCGACGACCGGGACUGACAAAGGGACUGACAAAAUCUGUUCGCUACGAGGUUUCAUUUCAUCGAGGUUCUUUUUCAUGUAUUUCACCAUUACUGUGGCAAAAAAUAGCGUUCGUUAUACCGAGGACGUCGUUGUAUAGAGGUUCGUUAUAUCUAGGUUCCACUGUAUUAUGGUUUGUCUCGCGACGUUUCGACUGCUUCUCGGUUCCUUCUGUGAGUACCGGAGCACAGAUUACGUAAUACGAAAGUAAUAAAAGACAGGAAACAAAAGAACUCCAAAUAAAGACUAAUCCCAAGUGACCAAAAAUACAAAGCUUUCCGGUACCUGCAGAAAGACCCGCUUCUCUUCUUCAGGGAGCUUAAUCAACGACGUCGACGACGAGAACAACAAAAAAGCAAUAGCUUUAGAGUAGCAUAACAACAACUUUGCACGUGUAUCAGGCGUUUUUGUACAUUUCUUUACCGUAGUUGCACGACCUUGACGUGAAGUUGUCCGAUUUCUCGUUUUAUUGAGGAAGUGGACACGACGAUAUCAGGCGUUUUAUUGAGGAAGUGGACACAACGAUAUCAGGCGUUUUUGUACCGUUAAGUUAAGUUGACCAGAAGUAUCGUGGGUUUACCGACCAAAAUGAUUUUCCACCAUGUUGGUUUUCCAAACCAUUCCUGUGGGAGUUGAACCUUUUUGUUACUAAAAACGUUCUUUAAUUUUUUUCCAAUAAAUUUGCAUACCUGAUGGAACGUGAGUUAAGUCGCUCUAAAAAUUUCUUAAAUUUGAAACGAGCUGUCCUUAGAAAUAGCUUGCUCAUCAAAUAUUAUUUUAAUAUUUUCUAAUUUUUAGUAUAGAAAACUCCUAUCUGGGAGCAAAAUUUGAGACAAAAAAAGAAAACUUUUGUCCUACUGGCCAUUUACAAUCCUCUCCUGGGGAUACGUAACAACUUUUCUGUUACGCAACCUGACACCUGACAACGCUGGCGAAGUUCGGGCGAUUCGGACGAAAUAUUUGUUUUUUUGUCUCAAAUUCCGCUCUGAGUCUUGGAAUUUUCUAUACUAAAUGUCUUCGCCAGAGCAGGUGAAUACCCUUUUUGGUAACGUCUUUCUAAUUUUUUGUUUUGUUUUGUUUUCUUUCAGAUGUUAAACCCGGCUGUACAGAUGAACUCACACCUUCACGAAAGGAUUCACAAGUUGCAGGCGUAACAGAAAGUCCUAAGUGUUUAGACGAAAUAAUAGAUAAAAAGGACGUCGCAAAUUUGCACGAAAAUGAUCAAGAAAACGAGCAUGAAACACGUGAUACUGAGACUGAAGUUCCCGCGGUAGACGUGAUAGAUAAUGAGGACAAAGAUACAAUUUCAUCAUGUUUAAGUCCUGAAUGUUUGCAAGGAAAUGCAGAUAAAACAGAAGAACGAGACCUUACCACAACAGCUUUCGUGGAACAGGUGACAACAGAGAAUACGGAAUAUGCAAAGCAGGAAGAAGGAGUCCGGCCUGGUGACAAUGAACCAGAUAUUAAACAAGACAAUGAUGAUAACCAAAGUCUUUCUCCGAGUGAAAAUGAAAUAGUUGAAGGUAUGGAUCAGUUGACUGUAAAUAUGAGUAUAAGGAGAGACGUCGAGGAUUUUCAUAGGGAAAGUGUUUCUUAUGACGUGUCCGAAAAAGAUGGCACUUCUCAAGAUGGAGGAAGAGGUAGCCUUGCAGUGAAGGAUGAAAAUAUCAGUUCCGCAGAUAUAUCGUCGAAUGAUGGCACCUUUCAAGAUGGAGAAAGAGAUAGCCUUUCAGUCAAGGAUGAAAAUAUUACUUCAGCAAAUGAUAUACCUAGAGAUAACUCUGAAGGUUUGACUACAACUGUUAACGAACCAACAAGUGUGGCAAUGAAAAGUUCUUCAAACGAAUUAGGAGAACAUUUAUUGGAAACAAAAACAAGCGAAAAUGUUACAGAUCACGUGACAGUAGAUCAAGAUAGCACAAUCGAGAGUAAAAUUAGUGCAAACGAACAAAAUGUUUCAGAUUUUGCUCACAAAAGACAAAACGAAGCAGAGGAGAAAACAGAAAUAAAUGAACAAAUAAGCGACGAACCUGAAACUGAUUCUAAGGAAGAACAUGAAUACGAUUCAGAAGCUAACAGCACUCUUACAUUACAGCCUUCCUAUCACCCCUCCCCAGGGGAAUGCUCUGUCAUGUCGUGUCUAAGCCAGUUUUGCGCCCCAGAAUUGUUAGAUGGAAAUAAUAAGUUUGCUUGUGAGGAGUGCAGCAAGCGCGCGCAAAAGUCGAAGAACAAUAAGGGAUCCAGCGUAAACGGCAACGAAGGAAGCGCUGAUGAUAAAGACAGUGACAGCGAUGAUGGUAAAUAUAAAUCGUGUUUGCAAGGUCACCUUACAUGGAGUGGUGUACAACUUGCCGUUGAUUUUGAUAGCUUUGUGAUUUCUUUGGGUUUUAAUUGGUUUGUUCGGUGGCUGAAAAAAAAAAGUGUCCGUCCACUUUUUCUUUAGCCUGAGAAAACAGGCAACAUUUCGCGAUGCCAACACUGGCUUCCCCGUGACGUGACGGUUGAAGAACGAGCGCAGAAAUUCCAUACUGAUGACGUGUCACUACGCAGAUCUGGGUUGUGACACGUCAUCACUAUGGAAUUUCUGCGCUCGUUCCUCAAACGUCACUUCGCGUGGAAACCAAUGUUGGCAUCGCGAAAUGUCGGCUGUUUUCCACGCUACUUUGUCCUAUAUCCCAAGAGAAUCUAAGCCAAAUGAGGUUAACUCGCCCGUGUUUUUCUGUACCCAGCGCCAGCUACCAUUGGUCUCAAGUACUAAUUCGUUCGGUUGCGGUUGUUUGCGUGUAUUACCUUGAACAGAGUAAACGCUUUGGCUUUGCUGAAGAAACAAGGUUGUAACUUAAAAGACCAUUUGACAGCCGCGAACAGAGUAUCUGGGCCUUUAAUUGAAGCGAGGUUGCAGGUGGCCUUGUUUGUAUGUGUAAUCAAAUGGUAACUAGUGAAAUUAGAGAGGGAGACGCAAAAAAUAAAAAUAAAACAACGCAAAACGCAAGUUAAAUUAUUCCCCUAUUUCACGAGUUUAACAUUUGAUUACCUAUUAAUAUCAUGGAUGACAAAUUACGCCACAACAGUGGGUUUUUGACCGAAUCAUGACCUACGAAUCAGUCAGACGUAAUUGAAAACCGUCCUGACUAUUGAUGGCCGCAUUGGCAUAACCUCCCCUUUACUUUCCAUCUUUAUUUUUGCUCCAGACGAGUGUAAAGGUGCCAAGGCUGCCAAGAAGAAGGAAACCAAACAACAAACAGUGUACACAGUCGCCACCAAACAGCUGCUAAUCUCACUUGCUCCUCCAGUGCUUACUCUUCAUCUAAAACGCUUUCAACAGGCCCGCUUCACGCUACGGAAACUUACCAAACAGGUGGACUUCCCUCUACAACUGAACCUAGCGCCUUUCUGCAGUAGAAAUGGAAAGGUAAGCGAGAGUAUUGCAUUUCACAGUUACAGGUAAAAUUGAGGCUAGAGUUGACCUUGGUUUGAUAUAACCCUACCUCGUUUACGAUGUUAAUCCAUGUUGUUCUUCUGCUAUAGAUGCCUUUUUAACCUUAUUUAGUUUAAUUUUUGUAAGAAAACUUGUAUUCUUAUAAAUUACUUCUCUUUUAUUGCAUUGUAAACUUGCACUUGUGCCUGCGAGUGCUUGCUUUAAUUUAUCAAUGAAGAUCUUCAAUUCAAUGCUGACUCGUAUUUUAAGCAUAAUUUUGAUAAAAAAUGGAGGCGGAGGUCAAGCUCCGUCUCACUUUCACUCAGAGGCUAGGGUACGAAUCUCAUAACUGUAAAAUGGUCUAUUGAAACUUUGGCCACUGCUACAUAAAUAUACUGACAGAUGACACAAAGAUUCUUAUAAAAUCGUUCCCUUUUAUGGAACGCGAGAUUCCUGUCCAUGGUUAAUGUAUGAACUUUGCCCAGUAAGCCUGUCGUUUAUUCACAAGAGAAAAUCGAAAGCGAGAAAUGGGUGUACUGCAUUAUUGACUGAAGCAAGCAACAUGCGUAGAUUAUUUGUUUAUUCACAUUAUUCUCGCCCUUUUUGCAAAUACAUUGACAAAUAGCUAAUUCUUUCUCACAGAACGUUGUGAACAAUCUGAACAUUGUGUCCGGUUUGUUUUCAAGUUAGGAAUGGCCCCAAAGGCUCUAGAGAUCGUUUGGAGGGACAGUAAAAACAUGGCGGACAGCAGCAAGCCACCUGUUAAAGUAUCAGCCGGUUGUUUAGGGAAUAGUGAAGAUUAGUUGCAUUUCUGAAACUGUUAUCAGGAGCGGAUCUAGGGGGAGGGUGCAGGGGGUGCGCACCCCCCCCCCCGAGAUGAACUGCGGUUUUCUAAUACAACUGGUAUUCUGCAAAAAAAAAAACUAUGUGGUUUAUUGGUGUUGAAGUAGAGCAAGAGACGAGUGCACCCCCUCCUAAAAAAAAUCCUGGAUCCGCCCCUGGUUAUUGCAGCUGGGAACACAGUACUUGUACUACUUGUAGUACUCCAUGUUAGUUGAUGUUCAUGGUGUCCCGCCAAACGAACCUAAGGAGCUCUGUGGUCAUAUAGUGUACUCAGUUUUUCACUCCUUUUAGAACAUGGCGAAUUUUAAUUUUUUUUUUUUUCAGAGCCGCGCAGACUCAGAAGGGCAAGUGUUGUACUCUCUGUAUGGAGUAGUUCAACACAGUGGUAAUAUGAACAGCGGUCACUACACAGCUUAUGUCAAAGUCAGCGAACCAACGGCGAAAGGACUGUUUGACAAAAUCACUAACAUGAAGGACCUAACGGAUUUUGUUUCUAACAUGUGGACUACAGAUGCACAUAAGAAACAAGGCGAUUCCAGGACGUUUCAUGAGCCUGCAUCAGCUGGUCAGUGGUUUCAUGUCAGCGACUCAAGCGUCAGCGCAGUGCCGGAGACAAAAGUGCUGAAGUGUCAGGCAUACAUGUUGUUUUAUGGUCGCCUUCCCCUCGGUAGUAGAUGAUGAAUGGUAGUGUUUCAGGAAGAAGACAACAUUUAUUCGCCCCGUUUCAUAUGAGUUGAUCAAUUUUACAUGUGUCAACGGUUUCGUCCUACCUUUUAUACUAAUCUUGAAAUGCGACGUUUUUUUUCCCGAUAUCUAUUCGUUUGCCCUUCUUUUUGCCAUGCACGCGGCAAGACCAGUGGGCCAGUUACCAUGUAUCUUGUUUUUACUCUUCGACAUAAGAAUACAUCUAUACUCUGAUGACCCUUGAUAAAUUUAAUGCUGUUUAGAGAGAGACGUGUUAUACUGGAAAACUAUCUUUGCAAUUUAGCGGGAAAUAACAUGCUAUGGGGACAUUCUGGACAUUCUUGCUAAAAAGCCAAGAUAUUCCAACUUACCGAAGCUAGCUCACCGCUAUUAAUGUCUUGCUAAACCUAGCCGGAGUGCUAAGCAGGGCGGACGUUUUGAACCGUAGAUAUUUUACAGUGAACCAGAAUCUUCAGAAUUCCAAACAGUUGAAAUGUUUCAAUCUUUGAACCCCUAAAAUUUAUUUACAUUGUACUCUUCUAAUCCUCGCCACUUACCCUCCUAAUUUAGACUUCGAGUAGUCCCGCAUUUUUCCUCAGGGAUAGUAGAGCUAGCGAAACGCGAGCGCGCGUGAAAAUCACCCCACGCGAGAAAAGGCGACACGCCGCUACUCCUAAUUUUGCGUGCUACAAUCUCUUAUUUGUAAGAUCAGUGCAACCAUUCUUAAAGAAUCCAUCCAUCGCUUGAAUACCUUCGGCUUAAAAAAAACUUGAGGGUCAUAGCAGUAGUAAUAGUUGUAACUUAUUUCAAGCAUCAGUCGUUCCAGUCCUUUUAGACAUUUUUUUUUACAAUAAUUAUCUCUGAGUGUCGUUUUAUCCUGUGGUAAAACCCGUUUUUCAUAGGCACGUUUUUGUGCGAAAGUGCCCAAGCUCGUGCAAUUUCUCGGAACUUUUCUUCGCGGAAGUUACCUAAAGCGCUACCUCUUGGCGGAUAUCUGAGGGGUGAUUUUAUUACAUCGCAUGGCAGACGCCACACGGUAACCUAAACGCCGUUGUUUAAAUAUUAGAAAAUUGCAAUAGAGUGAUUUUACUUGACCCGUGAAACAGAUACUAAAAACUAAUGCCAAACAGCUUCAAGGAAACAAAAGAAGACAAUGGAAUUAGUGCAUGAUAGUUUGUAUUAGUCUGCUAUCUAGUUUACGGUUCAUGUAAAAUCAUUCUAAUAUCGCGGGAAGAUUACACGCGCAAUUUGACAUCGUACCUAUCACUGCUCAGAUUUCAGCGGAACUCGUCCGAAAAAUUGCAUAGCUUAUACAAAGGAGCUUUUAUGGUAUGGUCAAAGAGCAGGAGUUGGCAUCCUUGUUUCUCGAGUCUUUCCUCUUUCCUUGAAUAAGGGAAGAGGAGGGGGAUUGGAAACGAGGCCGAAAGAAUAUGUUAUAUCUAUGUUGUAUGGUUGUUGAUCAAAUUUGCCCUGAGGGUUAGAUGUAGCAACUGCAUGCUGGACUGUUUCAUUAUAAAUAAAUUGUUAACUCGAC